UACUAUUCAUCUAUCUAUUCGAUUCUUCUUCUUCCCCACUUCUUGUUUAGUCUCUUUAAUUUGGACGUUUAAACCUUCCAAUAACGAUUUCAAUUCAUUUUGAUGUCGCAUUCCUUCUCAAUUCUCCCGUUCUGAAAUUAAUUAAGAAAGUCUUUGUUUCGCGUUAUAAUAUCUUAUUCAUCCUGUAACUACAAGCUUAACUUCACUCUUGCAGUCAAAUCCUUUUGAAAUAUUCGUGACUCUUAUUUGAUUUAGUCGUGAGUACUUUCCUAACACUCGAUCGGGUUACCGUAUUGGGAUUUAUCCAGAUUCACAUUCUUUGAUGUGUUUCUCUGCCAAUAUCCUGCAGAAGCCGUGGUAUAGCAAUUACUAGUUCUAUCUUAUUCAUCUUUCAUUGAAAUACAUAAUAUACACACAUAUAUACACGGUUCCAAUGGGCACACCAUUCGAUAGACAAAACACAGCUCGGGUUGUAUUUACGGCCUCGGUGUUCUUGGUUUUGCUUGGGAUUUGCUUGGGUAAGAAGCUGGUUCCCGCACAUUUCAUUUUUGGAGAUUCCUUAGUCGAUGCUGGGAACAACAACUACAUCGUUUCACUCUCCAAGGCUAACUACAUGCCCAAUGGGAUCGAUUUUGGUGGGCCUACGGGUCGGUUCACAAAUGGGAGGACCAUAGUUGAUAUCUUAGGUGAAGAACUGGGAUUCAAAGAUUACACUCCUCCUUACUUGGCUCCGACGACAGUUUGGCCCGUGAUCCUGGAAGGCGUGAACUACGCCUCUGGCGCAGGUGGAAUCCUUAAUGAAACUGGGAAGCUCUUCGGAGGUCGAAUAAACUUGGAUGCACAGAUUGAUAAUUUUGCUAACACGAGGGAAGACAUAAUUUCAAACAUGGGGGGACCGGCAGCUCUUGAGCUAUUCAGCAAGGCUCUCUUCUCAGUCACAAUCGGUUCGAACGACUUCAUAAACAACUACUUGACACCAGUCUUCUCAGCUGCAGAGCAAGCGUUCAUAUCUCCCGAGACUUUUGUUGACUCCAUGAUCUCAAGAUAUAGGCUUCAACUUACGAGGCUUUACGAUCUGGGUGCAAGGAAGAUUAUCGUGGUGAACGUGGGACCAAUCGGGUGUAUCCCGUAUGAGAAAGAUACGAAUAAAGGCGCUGGAGAUCGCUGCAUCGAUUUCCCAAAUGAGAUGGCUCAGCUGUUCAACGCCCGAUUAAGAGACCUCAUACCUGAGCUUAGCUCGAAUUUGGAUGGGUCGAACCUCGUUUAUGCGGACGUCUAUCGCAUUGUGGAUGAUAUAAUCGAGAACUACACUUCAUACGGAUUUGAGAGUGCAGACUCAUCGUGCUGUUACGCAGCGGGUAAGUUCGGGGGUCUGAUCCCUUGCGGGCCGUCUUCUAAAGUCUGCCCGGACCGGUCAAAGUUUGUCUUCUGGGACCCUUACCAUCCAUCCGAUGCCACAAACAUCAUAAUCGCGAAACGGCUAAUGGACGGGGGCACGGAAGAUAUAUACCCGGUGAACUUUCGGCUACUCGCUGAAUCUUAACUGGCCUGUCAUCAACUAGAAACUGAUUUACCGGAAGGAGAUGCUGUGGGCGAUUGGUCAAUCAAGUAAUUGCAUACACAUACUUUAUGACACGACAGAGUGAAAUCUUUUAAAGGAGAAAAGAAUAAGUUCUACCUAGAUUAGAAAUGAUAAAUUACCUGGAGGUUUGAUAAAGAGAUGAAAUUGAAUGGGUAAAGUGUAGCCAUUCACUGUCCCAGACAAGCUAGAACUGCAACAACAAUGUGUGACCAAGAGUGAAAUAACAUAUAAUCAGAUUUAUUCGAUGUUACAUGAGAAUUUGACACAGAAAGUUCUUUAA